AGAGGGAAGGGAGCUGCCAGGACCCCUUCAAGGUCUUCAGUGGGCAUUUUUAAAGUUGCCUUUUCAAAGUGUGCAAAUCAGAAGUGACAGGGGUCCCCAGGGAGCCCCCGAGGUCCCCCUGAGUGGCCUGCCGCCAGCACAAGCCUUGGGCUGCCGGCUCUGCCAGGGGGCCCAGCACCCAGGGCUGCCCAGAGACCACAGUUUCCUCUGGGAGGACUAUCCGCACUGGAAAGAACAACGACAAUCCCUCCUGGCGGCUCUCUGGAGCCACACGGAGUAGUGUCUUCCCGCUCCGCCCUUCACCCCCCGAAAUGUUUCUGUUUCUAAUCCUAGCCUGGGCAGGAAUGUGGCUGUGCAGCCAGGGUCCAGGGAGCUAUUUUGGGGGCUCCUUUGGCUCCCCCGGCUUUGGCCAGUGGGUCACCCCUGGUCCUGGCUGCUGAGGGCCUCUGUUCCCAUUUCUCUCACCGCCCCUUCCCCACCUCCUGCCAAAAAAAAAAAAAAAGGCAGUGUAAAACAGAGGGCCUGAGGGCUAAAUUUAAACCGUCCCAAAGUCUGAAUCCUUGGCUGAGUCACCCGCAAAGCUGCCCUGGCCUCCCGCCCCCCCUUCCCAGGCCUCACCCCUUUUUCUCCCCUCCCAGCUCCACAGCUUGGGAGGGGUAUUGCCAGAUCACUCUGAACCUCAAUUGGUCCCCUCCGGGGAAUGGGAGGGCUCAUCUCUGGCAUUGGUCACACCUGUGCCAGGUCUUUUCGGUGGGAGAGGGGGAGAGUUUGAGGGUUGAGAUUCUCCACUGCCCCCCACCUCAUGCUGAGGCUUUCUGAGGGGCCCUGGGAGGCGGGAGUAGGGGGGCCCUGGCUUGUGAGGGGUUAAGGCCAAGAGGCUGGAGGGGGCCGGCCCGAGGGGUGGGGAGAAAGGGAGGAGGCCCUCGCAGCCAGCGGAGAGAAGUGGCCAGAGAGGCCCAGGGGACAGCCAGGGACAGGCAGACAUGCGGCCGGGGCCCCCACAGGGCCCUUCAGGCCCCGUGACGGGAGGACCCUGAGCCCCGGGCCCGGGGAGGGGGCCAUGGUGCUGCCUGCCCGACAUGUCAGCCGAGGUGCGGCUGAGGCAGCUCCAGCAGCUGGUGCUGGACCCCGGCUUCCUGGGGCUGGAGCCCCUGCUCGACCUUCUCCUGGGCGUCCACCAGGAGCUGGGCGCCUCCGACCUGGCCCAGGACAAGUAUGUGGCCGACUUCUUGGAGUGGGUGGAGCCCAUCGCGGCGAGGCUUAAGGAGGUCCGACUGCAGAGGGAUGACUUCGAGAUUUUGAAGGUGAUCGGACGCGGGGCGUUCAGCGAGGUGGCGGUGGUGAAGAUGAAGCAGACGGGCCAGGUGUACGCUAUGAAGAUCAUGAAUAAGUGGGACAUGCUGAAGAGAGGCGAGGUGUCGUGCUUCCGCGAAGAGAGGGACGUGUUGGUGAACGGGGACCAGCGCUGGAUCACGCAGCUGCACUUCGCCUUCCAGGACGAGAACUACCUGUACCUUGUCAUGGAGUACUACGUGGGCGGGGACCUGCUAACGCUGCUGAGCAAGUUUGGGGAGCGGAUCCCGGCCGAGAUGGCGCGCUUCUACCUGGCCGAGAUUGUCAUGGCCAUAGACUCGGUGCACCGGCUGGGCUACGUGCACAGGGACAUCAAGCCGGACAACAUCCUGCUGGACCGCUGCGGCCACAUCCGCUUGGCCGACUUCGGCUCCUGCCUCAAGUUGAGGGCGGAUGGAACGGUACGGUCGCUGGUGGCUGUGGGCACCCCGGACUACUUGUCUCCCGAGAUCCUGCAGGCGGUGGGCGGCGGGCCGGGGACUGGCAGCUACGGGCCCGAGUGUGACUGGUGGGCGCUGGGCGUGUUCGCCUAUGAAAUGUUCUACGGGCAGACGCCCUUCUACGCCGACUCCACCGCCGAGACCUACGGCAAGAUCGUGCAUUACAGGGAGCACCUCUCUCUCCCGCUGGCCGACACAGGAGUCCCCGAGGAGGCUCGAGACCUCAUCCAGCAGCUGCUGUGUCCUCCGGAGGUGCGCCUGGGCCGGAACGGAGCAGGAGAUUUCCGGAAGCAUCCUUUCUUCUUUGGCCUUGAAUGGGACAGCCUCCGAGACAGCGUUCCCCCUUUCACGCCAGAUUUCGAGGGUGCCACGGACACGUGCAACUUCGAUAUGGUGGAGGACGGGCUCACUGCCAUGGUGAGCGGGGGCGGGGAGACGCUGUCAGACAUGCAGGAAGGCAUGCCACUGGGCGUCCACCUGCCUUUCGUGGGCUACUCCUACUCCUGCAUGGCCCUCAGGGAUGAUGAGAUCCUGGGCUCCAUGCCCAUGGAACUGGAGGCCGAGCCAUUGCCUGAGCCAUUGCAAGAGCCCAGCCUGGAACCCACAGUGCCCCCACCAGAGGAAACGGCUGAAGCGGCAGUUCCGGAGACCAUUCAGGAGGCGGUGGCAGAGCCGGAGGUGACGCUGCGGGAGCUCCAGGAGGCCCUGGAGGAGGAGGUGCUGACCCGGCAGAGCCUGAGCCAGGAGCUAGCGGCCAUCCAUAAGGCCAACCAGAACUUCGCCAGUCAACUCCGCGAGGCCCAGGCUCGGAACCGUGACCUGGAGGCGCACGUCCGGCAGCUGCAGGAGAGGAUGGAGUUGCUUCAGGCCGGGGGAGCUGCAGCUGUCACGGGGGUCCCCAGUCCCCGGGCUACGGAUCCACCUUCCCAUAUGGCCCCCCGGCCGUGGCUCUGGGCCAAUGCCCGCUGGUGGGGCCAGGCCCCAUGCACCGCCGCCACCUGCUGCUCCCUGCCAGGGUCCCUAGGCCUGACCUAUCGGAGGCGCGUUCCUUGCUCCUGUUCGCCGCUGCUCUGGCUGUUGCCGCCGCCCUGGGCUGCAUUGGGUUGGUGGCCUGCGCCGGCCAUCUCGCCGCAGUCUGACCCCGCCCGGGAGCCGUCUUCUCCGCCUGAACCCUAGAACCCGAGCCUUUCCUACACUCGGGCUCCGCUGGAGGGUUGGGUGACCGAGGCAGGGCCCAGAAGCCCCUCCCAUCGCCUUCCAGUUCACAACACUCCAAGCGUGGGUCUCCGCCCCAGCUUCAGCCCCGUGAUCCGGGCCCGCCCCCUGGCGGCCGGGGAGGGAAGAGCCGGGGCAGCAGCUCCAGGGAGGCUUGUAGCGGGGAAUGCUGCUGCUGCUGCUGGGGGGAUCGCAGACCUCUUCCGCCUGCCUAGCUGAGGCCCCCGAUCUGGAUGGGCAAGCUGCGACCUAGAGAAGGCAGCAGGGCCAGGGCUCAUCUGUUUCUCACCCUCCAGGCACCCCCACCCACAUCGGCUCGCAAACCACAAAUCCUCCUUGUGCAUGAGGCCCCGCCCCCUCAGGAAGGCUCUCUUUCCGCAGCGAAAGUCUAGCGCGAGCUCCGCCUGCUUUCUUGGGAAUCUUUGUUUCUGACAGCCCCGCUUUUUCCGGGAUUCUCGCGCCCUCCUUCUCACGUGCGCUGCUCUCGGAGCCCGCCGGCUCCGUCCGCCUCGGCAGUUUGGGUAUUUAUUGACCUUUCCUCUGACCCGCUGACAGGCUCCAGGACCCCAGCACCCUAAUCCACGUUUUGGAUGCACUGAGACCCCGACAUUCCUCGAUAUUUAUUGUCUUUCCCCACCUAGGACCCCCACCCCCGAUCCUCGCGAAUAAAAGGCCCUUCCGUCUGC